AUGGGUAGAACAUCACCUCAGGGUCUUAUGGCCUCUGACUUCCACCACCAGUCUUUUGUCAACCCACUUGAUGUUUUCCCGACAAAAUCCCGGCUCGCCGGUCGUCAGAAUUACAGAUCACCGCUGAGAGGUCAGGUUGUUUCUAGAAGCCCUGCUCGGUAUGCCGCCGAGGCUCACAAGUUUGCUUGUUGCGGCGAGGAAGAGGCGCCUCCUGCUUUUCGACCUCUGGGCGCGAUGAAUCAAGUGACUCACGAGACCACACCGGACGACGGCUUUGGCAUUCCUGAGUCUUCAAGCAGCCGCAAUGCGUCGCUCCACAACUCUCCGAGCCCCAUGGACUGCGAGGACUGCAUUGAUGAUUGUGACGAUUGUUUAGAAGAGCAUCAGCUGUACAAUCACCAGGCUGACGACCAAUACGUCAACAAUUGUCAGGACUGCAACGACGCUCAGAUCGACCACAAGUACAAUGGGCGAAUCUGCAACGACACCUGUGAUGAAUGUGACUUCUCUUGCUUCGAUUGUAUUGACUGGAAUGAAUUUGAGCAGGACAAGUCGCUGGGCCUUUCGUUCUCGGUCCCGCUGCUUGGUGACAACAGCCUUCCAGUGUCGGAACCGGCACCUCAGUUCGACGAGAACGAAUUGCUCAACUUCCAGUCGCCCGAUUUUUCCAGCAUGCAAUCCGAGCCCAUGGCACCGCCUCUCGACGUGCCCAUGCACCAUCAAUGUUUUGGCAAUACAGUGCCUUACUGGGACAGCAUCGCCCAAGCCCAACUCUGCAGCGGCGCACCGGGAAUGGCGCAGCAAUAUCCUCUUCCACCUUUCGGAAUGGAGUUUGGCUGCCACCCUGCGACAGCUCAUCAACAACUGUCUCUGCCGGAUCUUGCAAGUCUCUCAUCGACGCCCGCGGCAUUUCCGCCGUCACCGGUCACCAAACCGGAGCCACAACCCAAACCCGAACCUUCAGAGACGCCGUUGUCCAAAACAUCAGAUCUUCUCUCCGCAGUCUCUGCCCCGCCCACUUCCCGUGCGUGCCAAUGGCUCAUGCCAUGUGGCACGGUCUGUGGCGCUUCGUUCGCCUCCGCCACCGAUCUGAAAAAGCACCUCAAGGCAGUACACCUAGUCAAAGGGGUCACCAAGUGUGCCUGGCAAUCCUGCGACUCGGCAACAUUCACCUCCGAAGCCGCGCUGACAGGCCACAUUUCGAAGAAACAUCUCGCGCCGAUGCUGGCUGCCGCCGCCGCCGCUUCGUCGUCGGCGUCUUCCUCUGAGAAGAAUUCAGCCUCGAGGUCAUCCGCGAGCACUUCCGCAUCUACGGCGUCCAGCGUCAACGCCGCCACCGGUGAAGGCGGACCCUUCAAAUGUACCUUCCCCGGCUGCGCCAAGAGUUUCAUGUACAAACAAGUGCGCGACGACCACGUUGCGUCCUGCCACCAGGGAAACAAAAUGUACUGCCACAUCUGCGGUCAGUACCUGAAUGGCGAGGGGAGCAACUUCAAACGACACAUGGCCACGCACAGACCCAAGCAUCAACACAUGCUGUGCAAGUUUCAUGGCUUGGGUUGUAAAAGGCGCUUUCCCAGACUUGACAACCUGCGAAGGCACGAGGCCUGCUGUAAAUUCGGAAAGGGCAAGAAAGGACUCUUGGCCAACGGUGGUGCUGCCGGUGCCGGUGCCGCUGUUGGUGUUGGUGUUGAUGAUGAUGGGGACAAGCUCAAGCAUCAUCACCAUCACCAUCAUCACGUCCACAGUGCCGAGGUUUGA